AUGAAAAAGGCUGUGAUUUUGAUUGACGCACAUGGUAUGAUUGUGGCGAUCGGAGAGCGACCUUCAUUUGCCAACAAGGAAGUCACAGACGGUAUGUAUGCACAGUUGCUCGGUAUCGUCGCAUCUGAGACAGGUUUCGCCACUGAAGACAUGAAAUCUUUCACCGUCUUCACCGACUUGGGAAUUGGCUCGCUCAUGAUCGGUAAGCAAGCGUAUUUUGCACCUCAGAUGAUGGAAACGCUAAAGGAGCGGUUCGAGCCACCCAACAUGUCAAAUAGUAGCGACGCUCAGAUGUCUCAGUCAUUGGAAUACUCUGGUGGUCAUAUAUUUCAUGGGUCGUGA